GGCGACUUGCAUUGGCAUGGUUACCCGGCUUUGCACAUAGAACGUCUUAAAACCGAUUUCAAGACGCUUUACAAGGCAGGGAACGAAAGUAUUUACCCCCAGCCGCUCCACACAUGAGAUGCGAAGUUGUCUGUACGAACAUGUCCGCGAGGAAAGUGACAAAGUCAUUGCCAAUGUGGAGACUCGGAAAGGGGAUCUACGGGGAGAAGAUGUCAGGGAGAUUAUUCCUGAGUUCAAGGAGGCUACGAAGGACGAUCGGGAGAUCCGCCACCGGCUGAGCCAGCUUUACCCCCGAGAACACUAUGGCUGAGCCCUGAGGCUGCCCAACACCACACACCCCAAUGUGGGGUUUAUACCAAUGGUUGUGCCAGACAUGCUGAAGGGGGCUGUAUUUGAGGGUUGUGAAAUCCAGCCUCAUGCCCACAGGUCUCAGGUGUACUCUCUGGACCCCACCUGCUUCCAUGACCUCAACCUGGCUGGCACGGGGGAGAUGGGCGUAGCAGGUUAUUUUAUGGACCAUGCUGUUAACUGGAAGGACCUUCCUGUCAUGCCUGUGUGCAGUAGCCCAUGUUACAGGGCUGAGACGGACACAGGCAGAGAGACUUGGGGCCUUUACAGAGUACAUCACUUCAACAAGGUGGAGAUGUUUGUUGUGACUGCAGAUGAGACUGGGGAGGAGAGCUCUCAGAUGCCGGAGGAGUUCCUGUCCCUGCAGAAGGAGAUCUCCUCCCUGGAGCUCCACUAUAGAAAGGGACAGUGUGUGUGCCUUGUGCCUCGCAGCCCUGUCCGGGGAUGGAGGUGAUUUUGAAAUACAUCGGACCGAACCAGCCCAAUCGCAUGCCCCGCCCUGUCCCAAAGCCCAGAUGACAUCAUGCACCAACACUCUUACAUCAACAGAACAACUGAAGCCUUUCCAUCUACAGUUGAAGUCGGAAGUUUACAUACACCUUACACAAAUACAUUUAAACUCAAUUUUUCACAGUUCCUGACAUUUAAUCCUAGUCAAAAUUGCCUGUUUUAGGUAAGUUAGGAUCACCAUUUUAUUUUAAGAAUGUGAAAUGUCAGAAUAAUAGCAGAAUGAUUUUAUUUCAGCUUUUAUUUCUUUCAUCACAUUCCCAGUGGGUCAGAAGUUGACAUACUCUAUUAGUAUUUGGUAGCAUUGCCUGUAAAUUGUUUAACUUGGGUCAAACGUUUCAGGUAGCCUUCCACAAGCUUCCCACAAUAAGUUGGGUGAAUUUUGGCCCAUUUCCUCCUAACAGAGCUGGUGUAACUGAGUCAGGUUUGUAGGCCUCCUUGCUCGCACACACUUUUUCAGUUCUGCCCACAAAUGUUCUAUAGGAUUGAGGUCAGGGCUUUGUGAUGGCCACUCCAAUACCUUGACUUUGUUGUCCUUAAACUCUUUUGCCACCACUUUGGAAGAAUGCUUAGGGUCAUUGUCCAUUUGGAAGACCCAUUUGCGACCAAGCUUUAACUUCCUGACUGAUGUCUUGAGCUGUUGCUUCAAUAUAGCCACAUAAUUUCCCUUCCUCAUGGUGCCAUCUAUUUUGUGAAGGGCACCAGUCCCUCCUGCAGCAAAGCACCCCCACAAUAUGAUGCUGCCACCCCCGUGCUUCACGUUGGGAUGGUGUUCUUCGGCUUGCUAGUGUGAGGAUUUAUGUCUAUGCUCUAUAACCCGCUACCAUAUUACGUAAGAUUGAAUUGUUUGAACAGCAGCUGCUUUGUGUGUGUGUGUGUGUGUGUGUGUGUGUGUGUGUGUGUGUGUGUGUGUGUGUCAAGAACUGAGCAACAUGGUGUGACUGCUGUAUGUUGCAAAACUGUAGAUAACAGCUGCUUUGUGUGUGUGUGUGUGUGUGUGUGUGUGUGACAAGAACUGAGCAACGUGGUGUGACUACUGUAUGUUGCAAAACUAUAGAUAGGCGGGUACAGGGAGGGGAGGCUCAUCACGAGGUUUAACUGACGUGGAGAAAUACAGUAACACAAUGACAAGAAUAACACAAUGACAAGAUAACAGGAACGGAGUAGUUGCAGCAACUAGAGUGUGAUACCAGAACAGUAAGAAUCUAUACAUCGAUGGAGGGAGGACUCCAAGAAGCAUCAAGAGGCGGGGACCAGCCUGAGCGCCUACGAUAGGCUGAGCAAGUCUAAACCACGAUCAGCCUCUACUGUGAUAGGCCAACAGACGAGUUGGAACUACGUCUAUCACAGUAUAAGAACAGCUGUAUAUUUACUUCUAGUUAGUUCUCUGUUAACCCUGCGUGGUGACACAUUGAACCCGUAUAUACGAAAAUUGCAUUUACCAUUUAUUGCUUACUUACAGUUUUUUCCAACUGCU